AUGCCUACCCACGAGAAGAUCAAGCCUGCCCAGCGAGUUGCCGGUAGGAAGCAAGAUGUCUGGACAAUCGUCAACGAAGCCGCAGCAGCUUCCCCCGUCCAGCCCAUUGUCAACAUGGGCCAGGGCUUCUUCGGAUACAACCCUCCCCAAUUCAUCUUAAACGCUGCGAAGGAGGCUCUCAACAAGGUCGAAUGCAACCAGUAUUCUCCUACGAAGGGACGGCCACGUCUAAAGAAGGCUCUUGCGGAUGCAUACUCGCCGCUAUGGGGAAGGAAGCUGAAUCCUGAGACGGAGGUUACCAUUACGACGGGGGCGAACGAAGGCAUGCUGAGUGCCUUCAUGGGUUUCAUCGAAGAGGGCGAUGAGGUUAUCAUCUUCGAGCCAUUCUUCGACCAGUACUUGAGCAAUAUCGAAAUGCCCGGCGGAAAGAUCGUCUGUGUCCCGCUCCAUCCUCCGCCCAAAGGCGCUACCCAAAACACCUCCGCCGGGGAGUGGACUAUUGACUUUGCUGAGCUCGAAGCCGCCAUCACCCCACGGACCAAGAUGAUUGUCAUCAACACACCUCACAAUCCGAUUGGAAAGGUUUUCUCCAAAGAAGAACUCCUCAAGAUCGGCGAGCUCUGCGUCAAGAACCAGAUUCUGAUUCUGUCUGACGAGGUCUACGACCGUCUCUUCUACGUCCCGUUCACCCGAAUGGCUACCCUGUCUCCGGAGAUCGAGAAGCUUACUCUGACCGUUGGCUCGGCCGGCAAGAACUUCUACGCCACAGGCUGGCGCGUAGGCUGGCUCAUCGGCCCUCCAGAACUCAUCCAUUACGUCGCCGCCGCUCACACACGAAUCUGCUAUUCCUCCGUCUCUCCUUUGCAAGAAGCAGCCGCCGUGGGUUUCGAGCAAGCCGACGCCGAAAACUUCUGGGAGACAGCCAAGAGAGAGAUGAAAGGCAAGAUGGAUCGGUUUAAUGAAAUCUGGAAGGAGUUGAGUCUUCCAUUCUCUGACCCCGAAGGUGGGUACUUCGUGUUGGUCAACAUGAAGAAGGUCAAAAUCCCUGCGGAUUAUCCGUUCCCCGCUCAGGCCAAGGAUAGACCGCGAGAUUUCAAGCUCAGUUGGUUCUUGAUUCAAGAGGUUGGGGUUGCGGCCAUCCCGCCGACAGAAUUUUAUACGGACGAAAAUGCGCAUAUUGGUGAGGAUUGGUUGCGCUUUGCUGUCUGCAAAGAGGAUGAUGUUUUGGAGAGGGCCAAGGAGAGGCUGAGAGACUUGAAGAAGUACAUAGAGUAA